AUGGAAAAUUUUAAAAAUCCAAAAGCAAACUUACUAGCAAUUUAUCGCUUGGAAUUUUAUAAGAAACAGAAAAGUUGGAAAGUUUGUACAAACGAAAAAAAUAAAAAACGUGAUGUGAGCGGAAAAAUCAAAAAUCCUUUAAAUAAAACCUAUGAUGUGUUGCAACCCGAAACAAAUGUGUGUGAACUCAAUGAAGCUUUUAUUGAUACAUGUUCUGAAAACAUAACUUCUUCCAAUCACCAACUGUCUAACUCUGCAACAUCAACCAGUCCCAAACAUCCAACAUACAACUACCAGAAUGAAUUAUACGACUGGCAAAAUGAACAAACUUCGGACCAUCAUCCACAAAAUUAUAUCCACACUAAACUAAAUUCACCGCAAACUGAAUCCGAGUGUGUCUGGACUGGUGACAAUUUACAUUGCUAUGGUAUUGUACAAGCUUGUCCUGAUUUUAAUGGCUGUUCUGAAAAAGGUAAACUUCAAAGUUGGUUUGACAGAAAUAAAAAUUGGAGCAAUUUACCAGAAACUAACCAGCUUUGGACCAAAGAAUGUCUUGAGAUGAACGUGCUGAAUUGCGGUGAUAAUGCGACAAAUGGCUUCUACACGGCCGAAGAAACUAUACCCAAAAUGCAGUUCCCUUGGUUGCCAGACGGCGAAGAGCUCCGAAGAAUACAAGAAUAUGCCUAUUCCUAUGCUGAGGACGAGUGGGACCCUAAAAGCGAACUAUCACUCGACAGUUGGGGUGAGUUUAUGCGUGGUGCUGACAUCGCUCCACACUCCUCGGAGGUCGAGUUAAGUUUUCCAAAUGUUUUAAGCGAUGUGGAACUAGACGAGAAUACGCUGACGCGUAUGUCGUCCGCACAACUGAGGGCGGCGGUACAGAUUCACGCUCAAGUUUUGCGGCGUCUGCUGCGAGAGGAGAGUCAGCGGAAGCGCAUACGCUCAUUUCUAUCAUUGACGGACCGAACAACGGAUCGCCCUGUGAUAACACCACGCGCCGCGACAAAUUUCAGCAGCUACGACGAAUACCCCACACGCGAUAUCAGCCCUACGCCCCCUUAUUGCACGGCUUGUAAUGCAUUGCACCGCGGAAAGACCUUCACUAAGACAAUUGAAGACACAUUUGUAGCAGGAUCGCAUAAAAAUGCAGGCUUACAAGUAUUGGGAAGAGGCAGAGGAAAGGUACCAGCUGUCCCGGGGAACGAUAGCCGCAAAAGAAUUAUAGGGAUAGAAAGGGGAAGACCAUUUAGAUUAUAG